AUGGCAGAUGAUGGAACACGCUUCCCUCGGGGCUUCCCGGAUGCCUUGAUGUCAAUCAUACAGUCGGAGGGGCCUGCCAGUCUCUUCCGCGGCUGGUGGCCGGCAUACUGCCGCCUAGGACCUCAUGCCAUCCUGACUUUUCCGCUCCUGGAGCAGGUGCGCAAAGCCCUCGGCCUGCAAUACCUCUAG